AUGGCGGUGAUGGAGGCGGAGUCGAUCUACGCGUUGAUUCCGCGGCCGCAGGAGAAGGUGGUUAGGCCGCCGCGGCACAAGAGCAAGUUCCCCGGGAACCCGCGGCAGGGCGCGAAUGGCACGCUGCACAUGGGGACCGAGCCCAAGGCCGGGGCGACGUUUGGGCCCCCGCCCGAGGCCGUGAGGCCGAACCCGAAACAAUUCUUGAAGAGCCACACGGGCGAGCCGGUGCUUCCGGAGCCGACGGCGCCGUCGAAGACGAAGUCGCGCAACAAGCCUCCCGUCCCGUCGCGCAAGGACAAGCCGAUCAUGUCGCUCGUGUCGCAAAAGAACUACGUCACGGCAAACGCCGUCGAGGUCAUCCUCGCGCAGCCGAAGAAGCACGGCACCGGAGACCUCAACUGGACGACCAAGCCGGACUUCGGCAAGGUCCCGAGCUACCUCACGAAGAACAAGGCCAAGCUCGAAACCGAGAAGAGGGCCGCGGAGGAGUACAAGAAGCUACAGGAGGCGCAACAGCUUGCGGACGCUGGAGUGGUCCAGGAGCUCGAGCCAGACGAGCGCGGGAAGCUCCUCCGCCACCUCAAGAUCAAGUGGGCGCAGGUGAACACGGCGUACCAGAAGAUGACGUUCACGCUCGACACCCCCGCCAAGCGACGCCGCAAGGAGCAGUACGAGAAGGAGCUGUCGGAGAUCGAGCGCGACAUCCGCAUGCUCGAGAAGGGCGAGACCGUCCUCGUCGUCGAGGGCUGA